UAUAACUUAUACUUGUACAAUUUUAAAACAAUAUAAACCUAUUGUUUAACUAAUAUUACGCUAAACAUGAAAUUCACGGCAUUUUCGCUGAUUAUAGCUUUCAGUUGUUAUACGAUUCAGGACUGUGAUGCCGGUGCCGCAGAAAUAGUAUCGGCCGCCCGUUCCCAGAAAGGAGUUCCCUAUUCAUGGGGUGGGGGCUCAUGGAAGGGCAAGUCGUAUGGCAUCGGUAAGGGCGCGCACACCAUAGGCUUUGACUGCAGCGGACUGGCCCAGUAUGCCGUCUAUAAGGGCACCGGUAAGAUCAUCGCACGGGUAGCCUCCGAUCAGUACAACGAUGCGAAGUGCGCUCGAGUGGCAUACAGUGCCCGCCGGGCCGGCGAUCUGGUGUUUUUCGGUAGCCCUCCCUAUCACGUGGGGAUACUCUCGAGUGCCACCACUUUCGUGGAGGCGCCCAAAACAGGGGAUGUCGUCAAAGAGAUCACUGUUUAUUCAACUAAUAGACAGCCGUAUGUUAGGAGGUGCUAGAUCAUUUUGUAAAAGUUAUAUUUAAUAAAUAAUAUAUAUAUUGAAAUUUAUACUAGUUAAAAUUACAAUAAUUAAAUAGAUUAAUUUAAUUAA